CGACCUCUCACAUUCUCAGUUUCUCUAAGCUCAAGCUAAGACCUACCCCAGCUCAGUGCUGCUCAAGUUUUGCUCGGUGCCGUGCAUCGCGCCGCCGCCGCCGGCCACCACCAUCGUCGCCGCCGCUGACCGCCACCUCGCGAGGUGCCGACGGCCGUCGCGGGCUCGCGGCGUCACGUCGAUAGCAGAGCAAGCAGGUGGCAAGGUUGAAGGGCACAUCUAGCUGCUUCUUGUUCUACCCCCAAGAAAGGUACGUGCAUGUGUGGUUGACUAGCUUGCACCAGAUCUGUUGGAGUGCUAGUUAGUAGUUAGCCUAGCUACAGAUGUUUGAUUUGUUCUGUUGAUCACCCAAUCUAGUCUAAAAUUGGUAUUGCAUAACGAUGAACUUUAUUGGCUGCUGAUUUGUUUUACACUCCAUUAGAUUUGUUAAGCUAUUAGUCUGUCACUUUGUUGGGCACUAAUACCCAUGAUACGGUAUUAUGGAUUUAUUAAUGUUAUGAAUCUAUUAUUAUGUUUUUGUGAUGCUGUGAUGUUCCUGACUUCCUGUCAUCUUAGAUAUAUUGGUGGUAUUUUUAACAUUUAUUUUUACAUAUGUAUAUUCAACAAUAUCUGGUGUUUCUGACUUUCUGUAUAAAAAAUAAUGCAAAACAAAUAUUAUAUUAAUAAAUAAAAAACCGGCGGUUCGACCGGUGACCCGGCGGUUGGACCAGUGAACCGGUGAACCAGCAACUUGACCGGUUCGAUCUCCGGUCCGGUUUUUUUUUUUACUAUGCCGACCAGUGAGCUUAGCAGCCAUGUCGAGACAAACGGCACUGCCAGUAGGAUUCGUUUCACAUGUAGUAUGCGCAUCCGACAAACUAUUAAUGUGAACUGAUAUGAUACAUUUUAGAGCUAGCAGUCGACAAAUAAUAUCAAACGUGCUGUUAAGGUAUCGUGUCCUAGGCUCCUGGCUACUCCCCCACUAUUUUGGCCUUUUGGGUAAGCACAGACCCGGCCAUAAAAGUAAAGCAGCCGAUCGAGCAGCGGUGCAGCCGCCAUUCGUGCACAGGCAUCAUGGCGACCUCCCUGACCCUGAUCGCCACACCAUGCACGGCUCCUAGAUCAUCCUCGUCCUUCGCACUCGCUCCACGGCUGCCGCCUCGUUGCAGCAACGCGACUGCAGCACGUCGCCGCGCCGUGAGGGCAACCACGCUGCAAUCGGAUCAGGAACCUGCAGGAUCAGGAGACAGCGGCGCCACGACGACGAAGCUGUCUGCCUCGACCAGCGUCCGCCAAGAACGCUGGGAAGGCGACCUGCCCAUCGAGGGAUGCCUCCCUCCUUGGCUGAAUGGCACGUACAUCAGGAACGGGCCGGGGAUGUGGGACGUCGGGGAGCACGCGUUCCACCACCUGUUCGACGGCUACGCGACGCUCGUCCGCGUCUCCUUCCGCGGCGGGGGUGGUGCGCGCGCCACGGGGGCGCACCGGCAGAUCGAGUCGGAGGCGUACAGGGCCGCCGUGGCGCGCGGCCGCCCGGUCCUCCGCGAGUUCUCCCACUGCCCCGCGCCGGCCAAGAGCCUGCUCCACCGCUUCGGCGAUCUCGUCGGCCUCGUCACCGGCGCCGCGCUCACCGACAACCCCAACAGCGCCGUGCUGCCGCUCGGCGACGGCCGGGUGAUGUGCCUCACCGAGACCACCAAGAGCUCCGUCCUCAUCGACCCGGACACGCUCGAGACGGUGGGCAGGUUCCGGUACACGGACAGGCUGGGUGGCAUGGUGCAGUCGGCGCACCCGAUCGUGACCGACACGGAGUUCCUGACGCUGCUGCCGGACCUCGUCCGUCCGGGCCACCUCGUCGUGAGGAUGGAGGCCGGGAGCAACGAGAGGAAGGUGAUCGGGAGAAUGGACUGCCGCGGCGGGCCGUCGCCCGGGUGGCUGCACUCGUUCGCCGUCACGGAGAAGUACGCCGUCGUGCCGGAGAUGCCGCUCCGGUACUCCUCCGCCAGCCUGCUCGCCUCCGAGCUCGCCCCGUUCUACGCCUUCGACUGGGUCCCGGCGUCCGGCAGCUACAUGCACGUCAUGUGCAAGUCCACCGGCAAGACCGUGGCGAGCGUGGAGGUGCCUCCUUUCAUGGCGAUCCACUUCAUCAACGCAUACGAGGAGGAAGGCGACGAGGCCGCCGUCGUUGUCGACUGCUGUGAGCACUACGGUGACCCUGCCAUCAUCGAGACACUCGUCCUCAGUAGACUGAGAUUGUUAAGGGGCAAGGACGUUUUACCUAACGCCAGGGUGGGGCGGUUCAGGAUCCCGCUGGAUGGGAGCCCGUUCGGCGAACUUGAGACGGCGCUGGACCCGGAGGAGCACGGGCGGGGGAUGGACAUGUGCAGCAUCAACCCGGCGCGCCUCGGCAGGAAGUACCAGUAUGCCUACGCGUGCGGCGCGCGUCGCCCGUGCAACUUCCCCAACACGCUCACCAAGAUCGACCUGGUGGAGAAGAAGGCCAAGAGCUGGCACGAGGAGGGCUCCGUGCCGUCCGAGCCUUUCUUCGUCGCGAGGCCGGGAGCCACCGACGAAGACGAUGGAGUGGUGAUAUCUAUUGUAAGCUCCGACGAUGGCGAAGGGUACGCACUGGUGCUAGACGCGACCACGUUUGAGGAGAUUGCGCGCGUCAGGUUCCCCUACGGAUUGCCCUACGGCUUCCAUGGCUGCUGGAUCCCUGCGACGGAAGAGUGACUGAGAAGGAAAAACCCGUAUGAAUAUCUGUAGCCGAGAAGACUAGGAUCAUAUGUAUGAGCAUCCAUGUAACUCGUGGGGAUUUUUAUUUUAAGCACUACUGGAGAAACCAUUUUUGUUGGGUUGGACAAAAUCCACAAUAAUCCCAGUUUGAAUAUAAACCGGAACUAAAGAUGAUUUUUUAUCCCGGUUUAAAACUUUAUCGGCCCUAAGUGAACACCAACCGUGACUAAA